AUGAUCCAAAGCUUCACAAACAACGUCCAUGAAUCUCUUUCGGUCGUUAAGCUCAGGAGCAGUACUCCAUGGGGUAAAGACGCAAAUUUGAGCAGUUUUAUCAUCCCACCAAAAAAAAUAAAACGUGCUCUACGUAAAGACUCCUCAAAGUCUACCACAAUCACAUUAACUAGUCAUCUAUCUGUAGUCGGUUUUCUGGUUUACAAUGCAUCUUCCUAUUUGGAGUACAAAAAGAACUUGUUGAGAGUAGGGGUCGACAUUCAAGGGAAGCCCAUAAAGAUCGAAAUUCACGGUUCUUCCUCACAAGCCUACCAGGGAAGAAAAGUGCUGAAUUUGGAACAUAUGGGCAAAGUUCUACUUAUUGACAUGCAUUUGCCUAACAUGUGUCACAACAGAAGUCAAGGCCAUUUCUCAAUAGUAACAACUCCUUUCAUCAAAAAAGUAAAAGAUGCUACCUUUUUGGAUAGUUGGGUUUGUGAGGGGAUUUUCGGGGUUUGUUUUUAUUGGGAUUUGCUGGGAUUAUAG